UUGAAAUUGUCGCACUCCAAUCCGGAUUCAUGCCAUCAAGAGUACUUUCCUUUAUGCUAGAGCUAGAGCUAAAUUCUUUGUUAAAAAUGUAUCACUUCCCGUACAUCUUAAUGAACUAUUGCGAAUCACUGGUUUACUCAACUGUCGAGGCUUGACUUUGGCGCAGCUAACUGCUUAAUUAGCAAAGUUACGUUAUUCAAUCGUUUUUUUCCUUCCAGUAGCCUAGUUAGCUAGCUAACGUUAGCUAUCUGACAAGCUGAUUAGUACAGUUAGGUAGCUAACUAGCUAUCCUCUCGUAAGAGAGUUGAGAAAUUAUUCAGAAUGGCAGACGACGAGAAAUUUACAGAUAUCAAUGGUAAAGUGAUAUUCUUAGCGUGCCAAAAUCACUCCAGUUUCUGCAGGGAGUUCACCGUCAGUGCGCCCAAGGUGUCCUUGCGUCACAUAAUGAUGUACACUUGUUCGGUCUGGCUGGUAGCCUACAUUGUGUUUUUUCUCACAGAGAAUACCGCUGUCCUGUCCGGUGCCAUAUUCGUCACGUUGGUGGGGAUGCUGCUGCACAUCCACUUCGUGAAAAUCGACCAUGAGACGCUGCUAAUUAUUGGGUCUUUGGGGGUCCAGGUGUCUUCAUCUUAUGCCUCGGGGAGAGAAAGCACCACCUUCAUUGAAAUGAGCAAGAUCAAAGACAUUGUUAUUAAUGAGGCCAUUUAUAUGCAACGAGUGAUUUACUACCUCUGCAUUUUAUUGAAAGACCCCUCAGAUCCAGACACUUUGUCAAGCGUGGUUCCUCUUUUUCAGAGUUCGAAGCCAAGGUUGAAUUGCUUGGUCAAAGUAUAUCAAAGUUGUCAGGAAAUUCUCGCUCAGUGUUAACACACUGGUAGAGUUCACCGACAAACUUGGAACAAUGAGAUAUGGAAAUGUGCCACCACAACAUGGAAGAAAGAACGUGACAUCGAUUUUUACUUCAACCAUGCAACAAAACUCAUCUUAAGUUUAGAAGGAAAAUGACAAGGUGCAUUUUAUGUGUAAACCAUGGAAACAAUGAAUUAGAUAGAUAGUGCACUUGUACCCAUUGAUCAAAAAGAUAUGACAAAUUAUGUAGCUUAAAUUCUUGUGUCGAUUUUCUAAAUUAGUCUUUCUACAUUUGUUAAUCAUGUAAACAAUAAAUUAGAUUGUUGACUCGCAUUCAUUAAUUGAAGAGACUUGCAGUUUGUAAGUGAGUUUCUAAAUUUACACUCAAAGCUUUACUAUGGUUUUACUAAAAUCAUUUUUUGGCAUCUUCUGUCCUUAGAGUGGCUGUACAUCUGUGGUAUUCCCUGUCAAGACUGAACUUUAAAAAAAAAGAUUUUGUUCCUUUUGUCUGUUUUUAAUGAUUAUUUAUUGUUUGAUCUUUUUAAAACUGCAAAAAAGUUUUUUAAAAAUUAUAGUUUUGUCUCAACUUAUGUUAUUUUAUACCUGCUUCAGGGCCUCUUGACAUGUUGAAGUAGGCUAAUCCUUCACCAACAGAGGGCAGUAGAUGCAAGCUUUAAUCCGUUUAGGAGCAGGGCUGUCUGGAACAGCCAUGUUCUCAAACAAUAACAUUUAAAUACACUACAACUUGUCAAACAAAAAGAAGCUGUUUUACUUGGAAAACCAGUUUAGACUGUAAAAGGGCUUACUUUGGAGAAAAAUGCAAAAAGUUUCAGUCCAAAUGAAAAGGCCUCAAAUUCAGUCCCUCUGAGCAACUAAGACCACCUAUGCUAAAUAAAAAUAUUGAAUAUAUAUUGAGUAUUGAAUCAUAUUUAAUUGAGUGUAUUAUUUGUAUGUAUUUUACGCGCACGCACUAUCCUCUCAGAUAAAGUGACAUGCACGUACACAGGCCACCCUCUCCCCGCAAUGUCAUUUUCCCAGAAAAAUACUUCUCGCUAAAGCCAUUAAAGUUUUUUUCAAAACGA